GCUAGGUCAAGCAGCAACUGAUUGUAUUUUUUCAUUUGUUUCAGGAUACUAAGAAUCACUUGACGAUUAGUUUGUCACCAUGACCUCUAAAAACAGAACCAAUGAAAUCAUUAAAAAACUUAAAGCUAGCAAAAAACAUCUCCUGGAGGAGAUGAACGAAAAGCGUGACUCCAACUGCUUUGUGGAAAGAAGCAAUCAAGUCAGUUUAUUGAGAGUUCAAAAGAGGCAUUUCAGUGGUGCCUACCAGUCCUUUACUCACACCCAAAUCAAAGAACCCGUUCCUGACAGUGGCAGGAGCUCCUGGGUCACACUGAGUCUCCUGGUUCACACCGAGAAAAAGCACUUUCCUGCAAAAAGUAAGUUGUUAUGUAUGGUAGGAUUCCAUCCCCAACUGACAGGAGGGAUUUAUAAAUAAACUUGAGGAGGAUUUCUGGGGU